ACGCUGGCAUGGACAUAAGCAUGUCAGAUUUGGAAAGAACCAUGUGUGGAUUCUUCACCAGAGUAGAUAUACGAGGAAAGUGUGGCAGAAUGGUCCCGGUUUUACUAAAACCAUCAUUCGUUUCUGCUAUGGAGCUUCUUGUGAAGGUUCGUGAGACCUGUGGAGUCCCCAGUAAAAAUCCCUUCCUGUUUGGCCGGCCAAAUGCACUGUCUGCCUACAGCGGGUCAGAGUGCAUCCAAAAAUAUGUGAAAGCAUGCGGAGCUCAAGACCCUGAAACCCUGACAUCGACAAAAAUCCGGAAGCAUUACGCAACAAUGCUACAGAUGAUGAACCUGGAUGAAAACGAGGCCAACCAAAUUUUAGGCCCCAAUAAUCAAGUCCAAACCCUGCGACAUGACAGCAGCAUGGAGCUGGAUGACGUCAAAAUGGACUGUUACGAGAGAUUCCAAUCUGCAAGAGAACAACAAGCUGCAUCAUGGGAUCACAAUGGAUCAGCAGAGUUUUAUCCUGAACAAGCACAUGGAGCAACAACAGACACCAACAUAGCUGCAACUCCAAAACCUGUCAACUGGGGCAACAAAGGCUCCCAAAAUAAUGGUAAACAUAAAUGGGAGGAAGCAGAGGUCCUCGCUGUUGAAAGACAAAUGAUGCGUUUAAUUCAAGGACACAAGGUGCCUCAGAAAAACGACUGCAUUCAGUGUCUCGAGGCUGAGCCAGAAGCGCUGAGGAACCGUUCAUGGAAAGGUGUAAAGGACUACGUUAGAAACAGGAUCACUGCCCUGAAAAGACAAAGUGGAGCUUCUCGGGCUACGUCCACAAACAGUAACUUGCCCGGGCAAGUGGAACCGCAGCAGAGUACCGGACAGUUCUGAAUGAAUCUGUUUGUGCAAGUUUGCCCUCCCACCUUUUUUGUUCUUCACCACUUAACCACCCUCUGUUCCACUUUGUCUUUCAUACAGUCAUCUCUUUUGCAACAUUGUAAGAGUUUCUAUCCAUUAGGAUGAAAUAUAGAUUGAUAUUUCAUCUUUUCUAUGUUUAUGGUUCAUGGUGGCGCAUUUAGACGCAGAGGCCAGUAGCGCCUUCAAACUUUACUGCACUUUUGUUUUUUAUCAGUUUUUUUCCAGCUUUAUUGCCAAAACACGUAUGACCUAUGAUUGGAAUACAGUCAUUGGAAAAGGAAGCCAGGCUUUUGGAUUAAAGAGCAGCGGACUUUAGAUGAUCCACCCAGCCCGAUCAACCAGACCAAUCACCACAGCGGGUGCAAUAAUCGCCCAGAGUAGAGGAAAGAGAGCCUGGAUAAGCCUGGACUUAAGGUUGCUCGUUAAGGUCUGGUCUGGACAGAAUGGGACUCAGGUCGGCAAAUCAAAGAUAAUCAGAGACUUCAUCCCAAAGCACUCAGCGUGCAGACCGUGUUCUGAGCUGACAGACCACAGACUGGCAAGAUGAGAGGAGGCGGACUCUGUGUUUUACAUUGAUGAUUCUUGGUGCUCAAAUUAAGUCAAAAUGGACACUGUUUCCCAAAUGUCAGACUUCUUUAUGUGAAGAUAAAAAACAUAUUAUCAUCACUAUCUUGUUGUUGCUGUUUACAAAUUCAAAAAAUGCACUGCAAAAUGUUCAGGGUGUAUAUGUGUAUGUAUAUAAGUGUAUAAAUAACUUUAUACUGUUUUAUUUUAUGUUACCAUAUUUUAAUACACAUGUUAAGUUCUGUAUGUGUAGCAUGAAGGGACUAUAAACCUUCUUUUCGUUAUACGAUGAUAAUACGAUGAUAAAUAAACAACCUUGAUUACAGGA